UGCACUGGUGAUUCAUUUUCCAACGAGUUGUACAGGACAGAAGGAGAUCAUUUGACCCAACAUGUCUGUGCCAGCUCUUUGAAGUUAGCUUCAGCUCCUCACUAUUGGCUGGUGGAUAGACGACAUUGCAAGCUGAAAUGGCAGAAUGCGGUGUUGGUAAUUCGGGAGAAAAUAAACAACGCAAUCCAAGAUAUGCCGGAGAAUGAGGAGAUCAAACAGCUCCUGUCAGGAUCAUAUAUCCAUUAUUUCCAUUGCUUGCGAAUUGUAGAGAUUCUCAGAAGGACAGAAGCUUCUACAAAGAAUAUUUUUGGUGGUUACUCCUCUCAGCGAAUGAAGGACUGGCAGGAAAUAGUGUGUUUAUAUGAAAAAGACAAUGUCUAUCUCGUUGAACUCUCCAGUUUACUUGUGCGAAACGUAAAUUACGAAAUUCCAUCUUUGAAGAAGCAGAUUAGUAAGUGCCAACAGUUACAGCAGGAGUACAGCCGCAAGGAGCUGGAGUACAUCAACAAUGCUGCUGCUUUACGGGAGAGGUUCUUUACUUCCUGCAAGCAGUUUGGAAUAAAGGGUAAUGAUGUCCACCAGGAGCUGCUAUCUCUCUGCAAUGAUCUCCCGUCUGGCCUCGACGGUAUUGCUGAGGGGACCAGUGAUCUUACUGAUGCCCUGGAGCUGUACGAAGCCUGUGUGGAGUUUGUGUGUGGCAGUGUCUCAGAGCCAAUUGCUCCCUUACUGAAACACAUUCAACUGAAAGGAAACACAACUGCCUAUGAGUGGAGAACUGGACAGGCGCCUUCAGUUAUUGAGCGGCCAGCUAACAUGGUGAUUCAACAACCAACAGAGUCCUCAGACACGAUUGACUGGGGAGAUGAUGGGGAGUCUGGAAUGGAUCAGUCCGGUGAUAUUGAUUGGGGAAUCACAAUAGAAGACAAUACUGAGGUGAACAGUGAGGAGCAUGGUGCUGAUGUGAUCGACUGGGGAGAUGGUACAACUGCUGCUGUGGAAAUCGAUGUAGUGGCGUCUGGUGCUGAAGGUGAUGAUGGAGUGGCUAAGGGGAACGAUGCUCUAACUAUCCUGGAAAACCCGGAAACCAGGAACCAGUUCAUUAACGAACUCAUGGAGUUACAGGAAUUCCUGAGCCAGAGGCUUGUAGAGAUGAAUGAGGAGGCAGACAUCCUCUCUAUCAACCAGUUCCAAACAGCUCCAGCUAUCAUCCAGAGUCAGGAUAUGGCAAAGGUUGUUGCCAUGACAACGCGAGUGAAGGACCUCAUCCAGAGACUGACCAAUGUAAAGAUGCGGCAUCUCUUCAUGAUCCAUGCCUCUCCCAGGUACAUUGACCGUGUGACUGAGCUCCUGCAACAGAAGCUGAAACAGGCAGGCACCGUGGGAGAAAAGCAACAUCAGAUGGUCAAGAAGCGACAGCAAUCUCUGGAGGAACAGGCUGCCCUUGAACCCAAACUGGACCUUCUAAUCCAGCAAACCAAAGAGCUUCGAAAGCUAAUUGAGGCCGAUAUCUCCAAACGGUACCAGAACCGCCAGGUGCACCUGAUGGGGGUCAUCGUGUAAUAACCACUCGCUCGGUGCCUGGGCCCACUGGACCCUCCUGCUCACACUCUAGUGGCACUGGACCCUCCUGCUCACACUCUAGUGGCACUUGCUAAUGGACGUCCUGCUCACACCAAAGAUUGAAAGUUUUACUAAGGAUUUAACACAAAAUGAAUAAGAUGAAGACCCUAAUCUUUGAUCACUGAUGUACUUUCGGAAACUGCGAGGGAUUUAAAGACUUAAAUUUGCUGUGACCUCCCCUUGAAGACAUGGAAAGAUUUUCAAAUCCCUUGAUUAUAGAUGGUAUAUCAGAGGCUGUAUCCAGGGGAACCUCGAUUAUCCGAAGGUGAUGGGUGGGCACUGUUUCUUUUGGAUAAUCGAUUAGUUGGUGAAUCGAUUUAAAUGCCUUUCCUCUGGGGCUCAAAACUUCUAAAGUCUGCUCCCUAUUCAGGGGACUGCAGCAGCACACGGUGCGUGAAACUCUGCCCCCGCGCAACCCCCCUCCCCUCCCGCCAAUCCCGUGCAACACCAACCCCCCCCCACAAACCCCGUGCAACACCGCCCCCCUCUCCAGGGCAGCUGGACUGGACUCCAACAUCAAGACUGCUGCUGCUUUUUGGGGUAAGACUCCAAAUAGCGCGUGCACACAGACACACACACAGAGACACAGACACACACCCACACAGACACACACACACACACCCACGCAGACACACACCCACUGACAGACACACACACACACACACACAGACACCUACACAGACACACAACUCUUUACUGCAACUUUUUGACAGGUUGCACCUUUGCCCUGUACAGGACAAUGUUGGAGAGAUUAUCUGGGGAAGGGGAGUUCAGGGUACACCCCUGUGUAGAACUCCAGGGCAAGUGUGGGGAGGGAGAGAGAGAAAUGGGAGGUCAGUCAUUUGGAGAUGGUGCCUGUUAAUCACUGUAAACAAAAGACACGAUCACUUGGAAACACGUCUUUACGUAAUGUUUCCAUCAGGACCUGGAGAUCUCCUUUGGAUAAUCCGAUUUUCGGAUAAUUGAUAUUCGGAUAAUCGAGUUUCCCCUGUAUUGGUUAACAUUUUGUAACUGAAUAAAUUGUAUUUUGUCCCUGUGAGGAGGAGCUGUUUAACUCAGCCAACAAGGACCACAUCUUUAAACUAUCACUGGUUAAUAUUUACAGUGAGGAGCAGCCUAUCCCUCCUGUUGAAAAAAAUUGAACACAUCCGGGGCCACAGCUCGGUAGCUCAGCCCCCCCCCCCCCCCCCCCCCACCCCGGUUGACUGGUGGAGCUGUGAUCUCAGUGCAUACAUCAUGCAACAGCGUAUAAACAGGCAAAUUCCACACACACCCAUCACAGAGACAUACCCAGACAUGUAUGAAUGUUCAACCAUAUUCAGACACACUUGGGUGGAAGAGUUCAUUUGUUCGGUAUUCUGCCUUUCACUGACAACAUCACUCAUUAUUAACCCUAACAAUAAAUUACUUCCUAAACAGUGAA